GGCGUCUCCACUAUGGAGGACUGUUCCUAUCAUCGUCUUCAGGAACACUUGGGUCUGUCACAGAAAAAUGAAAGUACAACAGGUCUGCGGCCUGUGGUGCACUGAACCAAUGUUACCUGUACAUCAAUUUGAAUUGAUUCAUUUCUGAUUGUCAGCAGAAUGAGAAGUCCUCAACUUUCACCAGCUAUGUCUUAAUCUCAACAGCCUGGGUGAAUUACUUCAUAGCUUGGGAACCAACGUAAUUUUGUGGAAUUUCAAAAAUGACUGUUCCAAGAGAACGGGUCUGGAUACCAGAUAUAGGUAUCCAAGAAGACAUCUCUGAUACAAGUAGUACCAUAUUGAGCCCAUAUGUCCAGGUGCAUCAUAAUUGGUUWGCUCAAGUGAUUGARCAGCGCCGGCUAACCACUUCCUGCAAGAUGGAUCUUUAUAGGUUCCCCCUUGAUACCCAGAGCUGCAGCAUCACCUUUAAGUCCAUGAUACACAGAGCAUCAGAUAUAAAAUUGCGGGCAUUCGCCAGCACCACUGCAGUGAACCACAUAACUAGGGAGAGCAUGACUACACUGGAUGAGUGGGGCUUCCUGGGCAUUGCUAUGACUGAGGAAGAACCAAAUUAUGGUGGUGAUGAAAGAUGGCAUUACCUAAUCUACAAGAUCACCUUGCGAAGGAGGAUCACCUUGCCACUAUUAUAUAUAAUCAACCUUGUGGUACCAAUCGCCUUUUUUCUUGUGUUGGAUUUGGCCUCCUUUUUCAUCAGUGAGGCCAAAGGGGAAAAGCUAGGCUUCAAAGUGACCAUACUCUUGUCCAUCUCUGUCCUAUUGUUGAUUCUCAAUGACAUCCUGCCCUCCACAGCAAACAACCUGCCAGUGAUAGCUCUUUACUGCAUUGUAAUCUUUGCCCUUCGGCCUCAGCCUCCUUGGACAUGCUGA